GGAAUGUCGAGGAGGUCGAGUCGAGACCGGAAGAGGGAGAAGGAGCGAGCGAAGGGCAACAGCCGGUGCGCCGGAUAGAGUUAAUAGUAGAUAGUGCUGUCGCUGAUAAUGCUGAUAAUGGCGCGACAAAGCUUUGCUUCGUUUCCACCCUGUCGGCCCUGUACUUCCGGUUUACGGCGACCGGCAAUCAGGAAGCCAAAUGCACGGCAGUGAGCAUCAGGAUGCUCGCCAGACGAGUCCGAGUCUGUAGAAUGGUUUGUUAAAUUGAGAGAGAGACAUGCAGAAAGUUUGAACUUUGACACACCGGAUACAAUCCAAGGAUAAUACAUACCUAAGAAAACAUAAACAAGUGUCAGUUUUUAAAGGCGAUGCUCUACGAUGAAGAAAGAUGGUGUUAAAAUUUGAUAAUAGUGUCUAUAAGAUAGUGAUAUGAAGAGAAGGGCUGAUUAGAACUAAAACAUAAUUGUGUUGUGAAGCCGCGCACAGUCGUCGCACAGUUCCCGCGAAUUCAUAUACCCGGUGUCGUCGUGAAGAUGCACUGGAUGGUGCGAAGAAUUUCGCGUAGGAUCUCGAGGUCGGUGAACCAUUGCGGUGAGUUCAACGUCUCGUUCUCCAAAGAAUGCGGAACGCUGGGAUGCGAUCCGCGAUCCUUCGUCCUGAACGAGAAGGAUAUCACUCGUUCUUCGAGAAACGUCAUCGACCAGAAUGCGACGAGGAUGUUAUCGCAAACGUUUCAACGAGAUUGUAGUACUUUUGCGAAAAAGACACCGCCUGAACCUCGACGAGUCCCCUUUUUCGGCACGAUGCUGUCCCUGAUGAUGGCCGGUGGCGCGCAGAAACUGCACGAGUACGUGGACAGGAGGCAUCGGAAACUGGGCCCGGUAUUCAAGGAACAAAUCGGACCAUUAUGGAUCGUCUUUGUGAAUUCGCCUGACGAAUUUCGCAAGAUCUUCCUGCGACUCGAGGGUCCUACACCGCAACAUUUUAUACCGGAGGCUUGGAGGCUGUACAACGAAAUCAGGGCGCAGCGCCGAGGACUAAUCUUCAUGGACGGAGACGAAUGGUUGCACUUUCGCCGAAUUCUCAAUAAGACGAUGCUUCUGCCUAAUCCGACAAAAUUUAUGUGCGCGCCUUGCCAGGAAAUCGCUGAGAAUUUAGCGAGGAAAUGGAUGUGUUACAGUUUAGCCGGUUCUGCGAUACCGAAUAUGGAAUGUCAGCUCUAUCAGUGGUCUAUCGAGGUGAUGCUGGCGACUUUGAUAGGUUCGCGAUGGCGAGAUUGCGAGCAGCAUCUGCGUCCCGAAGCGGAGCAUUUGGCGCUGAUGCUGCAUCAGAUCUUUGUAUAUUCUUCUACUUUAUCGAUGAUGCCGGCCAAACUGGCGAUGAGACUCAGACUGCCGGCGUGGACCAAGUUUGUCCGCACCGCUGAUGAAAUUCUGGUCACAGUGCGCAAUCUAGUCUUGAAAAUGAUCUUUCUAGAGAGUGACGGGCUUCUACGGAUGAUGAUAAACGACGGUAUCGGCAACGAUGAUGCGAUUAGGAUCGUCACUGAUUUCAUUAUAGCCGCUGGUGACACGACGGCAAUCUCUAUGCAAUGGGCGUUGCUGCUGCUCAGCGAUCGUCCCGAGUUGCAGGACCAAUUGUUUCACGAUAUCAAGGAUCUGCCGCCGGAGGAGAUUCUACGGCAUCCUCUGUUGAAGGGUGUGUGGAAAGAAGCGUUAAGAUUGCACCCCGUUGCGCCAUUCCUUUCGAGAUACAUGCUGGCAGAUAAUACAAUCGGAGAUUACUUCGUGGCGAAAGGGGACUUGGUUGUCCUGUCGAUUUACUCGAGCGGCCGUGAUGGGAACGAUUUUCCAGAACCGAAUGAAUUCCGACCAGAAAGAUGGAUUAGAACGAAGGACGGUUCUUAUCAGGGUGUGAAAAAUUUGUACGCCACUCUGCCGUUCGCGAUGGGCGUGAGGAGCUGCAUCGGUCGUAAGCUCGCGGAAACGCAGAUGUCCCUCACAUUGGCGCAGCUCAUCAAAAACUUUAAGAUCGAGUGCGAAAAUCGCGACAGUAUAAAGAUGAUUUUGCAUUUGAUUUCUGUACCAUCGAAGCCCAUUCAAUUGAAACUGACGGAAAGGAAAUUAUGAUGAAGAUUUUGGAAUUACGAAAGGAAAGAAGAGAUAGAAUAAAGGAAUAACAAAUAUAAAAUAUAAAAGAAAAUUUUAUAUUUUAUUUAAUGCUUAAAUUCAAUAUUUUCAUAUUACAUCGAAUUUAUAUAUAUGUAUAUGAGAUGCAUUUAGAAAAAAGUCAAUAUAAAUUUGUAUGUUUUUUUUUAAAUAUGAGAUAAAUUGAAUGAUAUACAUGAAAAAUAGUACAGGGAAAUUUUAUAUAAAUGUUUUUGUAUUAUGUAUAAAUGUUCUUUAAAUAUAUGAGACGCGGAUACAUACUUUGUUUAUGCUUGUUAAAUAUAUACGGGAAUAUAAUAUAAAUACAACAUUGUUAUAAUUACAUUUAGUAAAUUACAAUCAGUAUAAAAUCAGUGCAGUUUUUUUUUAGAAUGACUUGAUAACGAUGAAUAUACUAGCAUUUCCUGUUUUGUGACGAGAGUAACGACGAUGAAAUAUAGUAAAAAGGAUUUUCGAGGUAUAUAAAGCCGACGGGUUACCUGACAUUGAAAUCAUAAAUUAAUAGCGAUCAUAUGCGAUAUUCAAUCAUCGACGAACAUCCGACACGUUUUAAGGAACUAGUUAGUGAGUUUUUAGCUGACAAGAUUCACUUUUAGACAGUAAAAUAAUCACAAAAAAUAUGAAAUAAAUAUGUUU